AAAAAAAGCAGAAAUGGCUCGUCCAUCAACCUGUCUGACAAACAACUGAGAAUAUACACACAUCUCAACACCAAGAGAAAAUGCAACGUAGAGCCACAUUGUCAGGACCCCAGUGGGUUCGGAAAUGCGCCAUGUUUGUGAGAACGAUGAGCCUGGCAGACAUGUCCGGUUUCUUGCCCAGGGGAGAGCAGCUAGCAAUAAAGGCUCGAAGCACUGAUAAUCUGGACAGUUCUGGGGAGCCUGGGACCCGAUCGGUGGGCACCACAGCCAACUUGAAGGGGAAGAUGAGCAAAAGGCUUUCUGUUGUGAAAGGUCACUUCCCCAAGCUUGUUGACUGUGCCCACUUUCACUAUGAAAAUGUGGACUUCGGUUCUAUCGAGCUUCAGUUUGCCAACGAGCAGAGCGAUGCCAGCUGGACCUCGGGCAGUGCCAAAGAUCUGGUUUUCCUCGUGCAGGUGUCCUGCCAGGGUAAGACGUGGAUGGUGCGGCGUUCAUACGAAGAGUUCCGGACACUGGACGCCCACCUGCAUCAGUGCAUUUACGACCGCCGUUACUCGCAGCUCUUGGCUCUUCCUGCCCUGUGCGAGAUCGGAGACCGGGUGGAGAUCUUCACGCCACUGUUGUCGGAGUAUCUGAAUCGUCUCUCCAUGAUCGUGGACAAUAAGCUGAACUGUGGGCCGGUUCUCACCUGGAUGGAGAUUGACAACCAUGGCAACAGGUUCCUGCUGAAAGAAGAAGCGUCUUUAAACGUCCCUGCCAUCGCUGCUGCUCACGUCAUCAAGCGCUACACUGCUCAGGCUAGCGAUGAGAUCUCCAUUGAGGUUGGUGAUAUUUUGUCAGUGAUUGACAUGCCACCCAAAGAGGACACCACGUGGUGGAGAGGAAAGCAUGGAUUCCAGGUUGGCUUCUUUCCCAGUGAAUGUGUGGAAUUAAUCAAUGAGAAGUUGCCACAGUCGGUCAGUGCUCCUGUCAGUAAGCAAGAGGUGGAUGCUUUGGGCUCCAAACCUGGUGUUACCAACACGACUGGGCCUUCCUCUCCAACAUCAGUUCUUCAUCCUUGGUUCCUAAGCCUGGCUGUGUCCAAGAAACACGGCAAGCUGAUGGGCUUCCUGCGCACCUUCAUGAAGUCCAGACCCACCAAACAAAAGCUGAAGCAGAGGGGAAUCCUAAAAGAACGGGUGUUCGGCUGCGACCUCGGAGAGCAUCUUCUCAACUCUGGCCAAGAUGUGCCGCAGGUCCUAAAGAGCUGCUCUGAGUUCAUAGAGAAGCAUGGUGUGGUGGAUGGCAUCUACAGACACUCUGGCGUGUCCUCCAACAUACAGAAACUCAGGCAUGAGUUUGACAGUGAAAAUGUUCCAGACUUGACAAAAGACGUGUACAUGCAGGAUAUUCACUGCGUCGGCUCGCUGUGCAAACUCUACUUCAGAGAGCUGCCCAAUCCUUUGCUCACGUACCAACUCUACGACAAGUUUGCUGAAUGUAUGGGAGAGAUGACGGAGGAAGAGAGAAUGGUGAAAGUACAUGAUGUUAUCCAGCAACUUCCUCCUCCUCACUACCGCACUUUGGAGUACCUCAUGAAACACCUGGCCCUUUUGGCCACCUGCAGUGGAGAGACGAACAUGCACAUUAAGAACCUGGCCAUUGUCUGGGCCCCCAACCUGCUCAGGUCCAAAGAAAUUGAAGCAGCGGGCUUAAGCGGCGCUGAUCCUUUUAAAGAAGUGCGCAUCCAGUCCGUGGUCGUGGAGUUUCUGCUCAGCAAUGUGGAAGUUCUGUUUAGUGACUCUUUCACUUCUGUCGGCCGUUUCAGUGCAGCACGACAGUCUCUGACCAGACCCAAGUCGUUUGUGUCCACCAGGCUUCUGUCUCUGGAGGAGGCGCAGGCUCGCACACAAGCUCCGCUUCUCCUUCAGGGAUCUCCUCACCAUGCUAUCAGCCAGUUUCACACUGUGCUGGACCUUCCUCCUGACAAAAGGAAAAGAGGGAUGAAGGUCCGGAAGUCAGCAGGUGGGAGCUGGAAGACGUUUUUUGCCAUUGGGAAACCUACAGCGGCAGGACGACGCAAACCCACCAGGAUCACGUCUUUGUUCCAACCCGCUACCUCUCAUGCAGGUUGCAGGGUGGACAGUGUGACACUCAGGUCAGCAAAGAGCGAAGAGUCCCUGUCAUCUCAGCACAGCGGAGCAGGUCAGGGAAAGAUUCAACGCUUGCGAAGACCUCGCUCAAGCAGUGAUGGUCUCUCUCUGGCUGCCUCUGUUGAUCCGCAACUCCUUCCCCAGCGCUCCCCAUCUAGAAUCCAUCCAAGUCGCUCUUACGACAGCCUUCUGCCUGAGGAAGCCCGUGGUGCAGACGAGGAGGAAAAUGAAGAUGAAGAGGAUGAGGAGGGUGUGUACAUGUUGCCUGAUUUCUCCCAGGAACCGUCUGCCUCAUGGAUGGCAGAAGAUGUCAUUGACUUUAGCCCCACCUUUCUGGAAGAUGGGCCAAUAGGGUUGGGGAGCACAGCUGUCGAUGCUAGCGGCAGGGAAUCCCCUCCUGCGGCCGCACCCCCUCCCUACCGCUGUCUGAGCCAUCAAGCCCACACCCGGUCUGGUAGCCAGCGCUCAAUCACUGAAGAUCCUGACUCAGUUCUUAAUCAAUCAGAGGCUGCAGCCCGCCGAAGUUUAAUCCUGGCUGCAGCAGCUCCACCUCAGCAAGUGUUCUGUCAACACAGGCCGUCUGCAGUCACUAAUGCUCCCGCAAGCACAGGCCAGCAGGGUGAAUCAAACCUAAGCCCGUCCCAUAGCCAGACGCCAGCUCCAGUGACCUCUGCACCUCCAUCUCAGCCCCCUCAAGAGAGACGUUCCUUUACACGUAAAGUGGUUCAUGCACUUUCACCUAAAGCGCCAAAAUCCCCUCCUCUGGACAUCUCUGAUCCGAUCGCCAUCAGUGUACCUGCCAAGGUUUUGGAAAUGAUUGGUGGACGAGCUGGCGAAUUGCAACCUGGACUUUCAAACAGUGGACCACCUCAGCCACCCCAGAUGAUAUCGAUGCUCCUGAGGUCGUGUGAUUUUCAGCUCACGGAGAGCUGCCAGCAAGAGCUCAGCAGUAAGUUGGGCCCCAUCGCCAAAAUCAAGGGUCCUAGUAUCUUGGGUCCCACUGGUGUUCCUCUUCCGUCACAGCAGCCCCCUCCUCCUCCCCCUAAGAACCCUGCACGCCUUAUGGCUCUGGCUCUGGCUGAAAGUGCAAAUAAGGCACUGCGGCAAGGUGCCUCUCCCCCAUACCGCCCCCGUCAGAGUGGAACCUCUCCUGAGACAGACGUCCGCGUCCAGAGGUCUCUUUCUGCUGAUGCAGGUGCUCUGCUGUCUUCUGAUCCUAAUCAGAUCUACUCCACGGUACGUCCCUUGUCUGUGUGGAAGACUGAGGGUGAUGACGAUGAUAAUGAUGAUGAUAAUGAUGAUGAUGGUGGAACUGCCGCUGAAAAGCCUGCAGACAAAUCACAUGGUGCAGAGCCAAGGUCACCACCUGGGCAGGACACUGGGACUCUCUCUUCUGACAGCUCAGUCUCUGACUCUGGGACAUCCAAUUCGGAGUUGUCAGCUGCCAGUUCCUCUGAAGACAAUGAGCGAACACCAAGCCCCAUUUACAAGAACGAAGAACCAAGUUCUCCACCACAGCCCUCAAAAUCAAGCCCACCCUCUUCCAGCGAAGCCGUACCUUCUCAGAGAAAACCCCCAGCGUAUGGGCGGCAGUUUUCUGCUCCGCAGCUUCAGCAGGAGAAAUCCAGCGGACAGUCCAAGCCUUCAUCCCAACCACACUCUCAGCUUCUGCAUUCUAAAUCAGAGAGCUCUCCAUUGGCCCAAGUACGAGCCUUCCAACCCACUCGCCCUAAAGUGCCACCCAAGCCCCCUGAUCUUGCUCCCUUGAGGGCUCCGCUCUCUCAGACUGACCGGCAUGAUUACAUGCGUCGCUCGUUGGAUGCCAGUCGCAUUCGACGUUUGGCAGGUCAACCGCAAGGAAACACACCACUUUCCAGAGCUUACUCUGAGCGUAUCGGUAGUACCUCUGACAUGCUGUCUCGCUAUCAUGCAGCCAGGAUGACCAGCCAAGCUGCCCAGGUUGCACACCUUCCCCAACAACAGCAACAGGCCCAGUCCACACCAAUCAGACCAGUUGUUCCCUCCUCCGAAGACCCUUCCAAGAUGGAGAACUUCUACUACGAAAUUGGUGCACCAGAGCAUCCCCAAGUGCCACCCAGCUAUGCACGCCACAGCUAUCAAAACAUGAAGCUAGAUCUGGAGGGAAACCUCCGUCUUGACCCAGCCAAUCAAAGGCCUAUUUCCAGGGGUUACCCUCCUCCCUACAACCCUCAAGUACCUGGGGGUGGAAGGGCUCCCCAGCUGUGGUCAUCUGAGGUUACUCGAGCUUGGGCCGCAGCACACUCUCACUCUUUCUCCUUUUCCCAUUCUCAUUCUCACCAUCGCUCUCAGGAUGGAUUAUCAGGACACCCUCCCCAUCCCCGUCCCCAGCGUCAGACAUCAUCAUCCGUCAGGUUGUCCCGCAGCGAAGUCCAUCCCAUACCUGCAUCCAUUGGAGUAGGCAUUGUGCCUCUGUCUGUGCACCAACGUAAUAUGCAUCGCCCCCAACGUUCCCCUUCUGCAGACCACACUGCCUCCCAGCUUCACCCGUACUUUGAAAACGGGAAAGUGUGUUACCGGUACUUUGAGGCUUCCAGACCGGAAGACUUAUCACUGAAUCAGCAUCAGCAUGCUGUAUCAAAGCCUUCUCAGGCCUCACCGGUGCAAGGAACCGCAAAAGAUGAGCCUGAGCACAUCUACGUCAACUACCCUUUCCUAAACCCACCAGGAUCUGGGGUUAAUUCAAAGGGCUGGGCCACCACAGACCUCGACGAAAAUGAUCAUCAAGCGUCUGAGACGCUGGAACCACCUUCCAAGUCACCACCAGAUGACAAGCAGAAGCAUUCCGAGCAAGAAAGUCCAACAGCUAGCUUUGACAACCCUACCCAGAAUGAUGCGUCCUCAGAUUCCAAAGUGAUCAAUACAGCUGCGUCUGCCUCAAAUCCCAUGCAUUUCCGCAGUCGCUCAGAUCCCCAAAGUACCAGCUCGGAGCCUGCUCAUGUCCUAACUGGGAAGGAAAUUGCUUCCUUGCUAAUUGAAAAGCUUGCAGAGGAUGAAAGGGAAGGUCCUUCCGUGCCGUCUUCUUUGUCCUCUUCUCCGCACUUCGAGCACCCUCCAAAUCCCUACCCUAGCCAGCAGCAGCAGCAGGCUCCACCUGCAUACAAUAUCUACACUCCAGGACCCUCCCGAGGGCGCAUGGAAGGUCAGAUUCCACCUAGAGAGGUAUCAGGACCUUUCCAACGCCAAGACCCCUUGCGGAGAUCUUCCGGAGGCCAGUAUAGACAAGCUUUUGACGUCAUGCCAUCUGGCGACCAAGUCCUGAAGUUUUACAGAAGCCAAGACUUUAUCCCAGGCGCCCAGGGAGAAAGCACAACCCCUAAUCCUUAUCCCCCAAGACCAUAUUAUCAGGACCCCUCAUACCCCAAUUGGGGACCUCAAGGCCUCCCAGACUCCUCCCACACAUGCACUCCACCUACAGUGGCCUUCUCAAACUUAGCGCUUGGAUCGACAAGAGGAUAUGGGCCGCAGAACGUGGCCAACCAGUAUAACCAGUACCCGUACCAGUCAGGGCCAGUGCUUCCCCAGUAUCCCAACACACCGCGACGAGAUGUUGUCCUGGAUCCUUCUCUCCGACCUCCGGGGUUGCGGAACCAGAGAGGCUUGAACCGGCAGGGAAGCCUGCCGGGCCCCAACUGGACCAUCCGAACUGAAGGCCAGACUCGUAGUUAUUGCUAAAGAGCACAACUGCCACAAAAAUCCUGUGUCUUUAGAUGACAUGAUGUAGACCGGUAUAAGCACUAGACUUUCUAGAUGUUUCCUGUACAAGUUAACACGUUGUAAAAGUAAUUGUGUUAACCUCCCCAAGGGGAGACCGAAUGUACAGAAACAAAGUUAAGUGGGGUGUGUCUUUACUAGCGUUUCUGUCACAGAAAGACCCCAUUGCUGUCCUGCAAUUAGAGUGUGUAUUGGAGUGAAAAAAAGAGUACGAGAAUAUGAAGCAGAAAGGAUCAAAGAAGUGAACCAUAAAGUGGCUUAGAUAUGAAAACAUUCCAGAACACACUGUGCUGUCCAGCAGAGGGAGUCAGAGAGGUACAUAGCUGCUAUUACUCUGACAGGACGUUGCUCAGUGGCUCAUUUUUGUUUGGGUUUUGUUUGGUUUAAGGUUCUUUUUGACACUAAGUCAUGCUGUACAGGUGCACAAGCUUGAUAUGUCUUUCUUCCUCCACAAAGUACGAUAUAAACAACCUCAAGAGAUGCUGGUGGUUAUAUGAAACUUUACGAGUAUGGCUAGUUUUUGUUUUCAUUCAUUUUUUGGCAGCAAUGUGAUAUUAUUUCCAUUUUAAUUGUUUUGAUGUUUUUUCUAAGUUAUUGUAAGUUUUCAAUGGAACGAGUUAUUGUGAAAUAGUUUUAUUUUGCCUUUCUUGAAUUUGUUUCAGAGAAUGUGAAGAUUAGAACUUUGCGAGUUUUUGUUUUAAGUUCUUCGAAGUCUGUGUGUGUGAAUGAAUGCGUCUUACGCAGAGUGUCUGACGUUAAGCACAUAUAAAGGAACGGUAAUCGCGGAUUUUUUUGAAAGGGUGUGUAAUUGAGAGCGCAUACUUCUGUGAUGUACUGUUUUCUGCUCAUUCUCAGAUAAUGUGUCAGAUGGUUUGUGUAUCAAUAUUGGCGUUCUAAUCCAAAGCAAGUAUUUCAGGUAGGUCAUGUCACAAUGUGUCACUCCCAGACAUCCUUGGGUUUCUGUGAAGGAAGAAUCCCAACCUAGCAACACUAAAUAACUGGUACUAUUCACGAGAAAACAAUUCCUUCAGUGCCCACAACACUUGUUUUUUUUUUUUUUUUUUAAAUCAGAUACCGCUUUCUGGGCUCGGUACUGUUCAAGUGUUUUUUACUGAGUACUAUAGUACCUUAACUAAAGGUACUCUGCUCGUUAAAAUGCCCUAAAACCAGAGAUGGAAUCUCUAAAGAUUUUUUUUUAGUAAUUGGUGCCUUCUCUUAAUAAUUGAUCAUGUUUUAAAAUAAUCCUUCGUUAUGAAAGCAAAUAUUGAAGAGCUAGAUACAAAGCCCAGUUAACCCUAUUUACAGUUUUCCAAAGCUCCGCAGUAGUCCUAAAUGAGAAAACGAGCGAGUGUAUGAGUGAGAAUGUGACACUGUGUGUUUGCAUGUCUGUUAUCUCUGUUGUUUUAAUACAUAUCUAUGCAGUGAAUAACCAAGGGGGAUACGUUCCUUAAAAAACACUAAAUAUUAAUGCUACCUAUGUAUGUCAGCAGACCUGUGAGCGUGUAUGUUCCAGUGAGAGAGGUCAUGCAUGUGGCUUUGAAGGUAUAUACAUGUCCAACAAUCUCCCCUUCAGCCUUUAGCACUUUGCUGAAGGCAGUUCAUCCCAUUUUGUAAUAUUUUCAAAUAUGUGAAUUAAAACCUUGGACACCGUCAGUGACGAAACCUGUAGUUUGGUGAUUAUUUUUGAACAUGAUGUUUUUGUACACAGGUCAGACUAGAUAGCCUAAUGAUGGGCGUUAUUUAAGUAAUAUUAUCUCCUUGGAAUGCAGGUGGAAGUUACGAUCAUUUUUAUAGAUUUUCAUGCUAAUCGCAAUGUUUCAAAGGCGGACUUUACUUCCAGAACAAAAAUGUACAGAUAAUGUACUCACCCCCUUGUCAUCUAAGAUGUUCAUGUCUUUCUUCAGUUGUAAAGAAAUUGUUUUUCGAGGAAAACAUUUCAGGGUUUCUCUCCAUAUAGUGGACUUCAGUGGUGUCACAGAGUUUGUACUUCCAAAAUGCAGUUUAAAUGCAGCUUCAAAGGGCUCUAAAUGAUCCCAGCCAAGGAAGAAGGGUCUUAUCUAGCGAAACAAUUGGUAACUUAAAUCAUCCUACAUCACUCUUUUACCUUUUUUCCUUUUUUUUUUUUUUUUUGUAAAGGGCUUUUGAUCUUCUUUGCACGUUCACUUUAUAAACACUGGGUUGGUACUUAUGCAGCGAUAUAGGGCAAUUUUGAAAUUGGAGGAGAAAAUUAGAAGGGCGUUUUUCAAGAACUUCACACAGAGCUGACUUUGAGCUAACUUUUUAUAUAUAUGACCGAUAACCGAUCGUUUCGCUAGAUGAGACCCUUCUUCCUCGGCUGGGAUCGUUUAGACGCUGCAUUUUGGAAGUUCAAACUCGGAGGCUCCAUAGAAGUCCACUAUAGGGAGAGAAAGAUAUGAACAUCUUGAAUGACAAGGGGGUAAGUAAAUUAUCUGUAAAUUUUUGUUCUGGAAGUGAACUUCUCCUUUAAGAAAUUAACCUUGCUAUGUAACAGUGUGAUGACCUUUACUUGACUAAAUAACCUUGUUGAUGAGACAAACCUGAACGAAUGUCCUAAGGCUCAAAGUUUGCAUUUGCUAUUAAAAGCUGUUUUCUUUCUUGCUUUUGUGUUA